GGGAGACCAGAUAUAGUGAAUGCAGGGUCCUGGGAGACCAGAUAUAGUGAAUGCAGGGUCCUGGGGACCAGAUAUAGUGAAUGCAGGGUCCGGGGAGACCAGAUAUAGUGAAUGCAGGCUCCAGGGAGACCAGAUAUAGUGAAUGCAGGGUCCGGGGAGACCAGAUAUAGUGAAUGCAGGGGUCCGGGGAGACCGGGUAUAGUGAAUGCAGGGUCCGGGGAGACCGGGUAUAGUGAAUGCAGGGUCCGGGGAGACCGGGUAUAGUGAAUGCAGGGUCCGGGGAGACCGGGUAUAGUGAAUGUAGGGUCCGGGGAGACCGGGUAUAGUGAAUGCAGGGUCCGGGGAGACCGAGUAUAGUGAAUGCAGGGUCCGGGG